AAAUAGACGGAACCACUGCCUCAACUCCUUCCGAUUUUCUUCAUCGAUAUUUUCUUCUUCGCCUCCGGCCCUUUGCCUGAUCUCUUUGCUUUUCCGAUUCAUUAAGAACAAGCUUUUCAUAUUUUUAUCCCUCUCUCACACACACAAGAUAACGAUGCAGAUACUCGUGAAAACUCUAACCGGGAAGACCAUUACUCUUGAGGUCGAAAGUUCUGACACCAUUGACAAUGUUAAAGCCAAGAUUCAGGACAAGGAGGGAAUCCCCCCAGACCAGCAGAGAUUGAUUUUUGCUGGUAAACAGCUCGAAGAUGGUAGGACUUUGGCUGAUUACAACAUCCAGAAAGAAUCCACUCUCCAUCUUGUGUUACGUCUUCGUGGUGGUAUGCAGAUCUUUGUUAAGACUUUGACUGGCAAGACAAUAACUCUUGAGGUGGAGAGCUCUGACACUAUUGACAAUGUAAAGGCAAAGAUUCAGGACAAGGAGGGAAUUCCUCCAGACCAACAGAGAUUGAUUUUUGCUGGUAAACAGCUCGAAGAUGGUAGGACUUUGGCUGAUUACAACAUCCAGAAGGAAUCAACCCUUCACCUUGUUCUUCGUCUGCGUGGUGGUAUGCAGAUUUUUGUGAAGACCCUUACAGGAAAAACCAUUACCCUUGAAGUUGAAAGCUCUGAUACAAUUGAUAAUGUGAAGGCGAAAAUCCAAGACAAGGAAGGAAUUCCUCCAGACCAGCAGAGAUUGAUUUUCGCAGGCAAGCAGCUUGAAGAUGGCCGCACACUCGCUGAUUACAAUAUCCAGAAGGAGUCUACACUUCACUUGGUUCUUCGCCUACGUGGUGGUAUGCAGAUUUUUGUUAAGACCCUUACUGGGAAGACGAUCACAUUGGAGGUUGAGAGUUCCGAUACCAUUGACAACAUGAAAGCAAAGAUUCAAGAUAAGGAAGGUAUUCCUCCUGAUCAGCAGAGGUUGAUUUUUGCCGGUAAACAAUUGGAAGAUGGAAGGACUCUUGCUGAUUAUAACAUUCAGAAAGAAUCCACCCUUCACCUUGUCCUCCGUCUUCGUGGUGGUGAUUACUGAAAGGCUGCUGUCUUCUGGUGGUUCUCCAGUAUGCCUAUGAAUGUUUUUUAUUUUUCUGCUAUAUUAUCGAAGACCAAGUAGUUCUCUCUUUCUGGUUCCGAAACUAUGUUAUAGAUGCUGUUUUAUAUUCUGUUAACCUUCUUUGCAGUUGGUUGGUUUAAGAUUUUGUUAAAUGAAUUUACCAACUUCUAGUAUUUAGAAGUUGGUAGGGUACAAAUUUUGGCCUGGGCAGUCUUUCCUGCAAUUGACAACAAGGCAACAAGCUGAAGGCAGUUGCAAGUCCUACCA